UGAAAAUAGAAUUUAUCCAGGCCAAAAGCUCUCGAGGGGAAUCCCCAAUGUUGAUUGGGUUAGACGCGAGCACGGCUACCCGGCUUAGAUCGGCUGCAGUGCAUAUCUAACCGAUCGCGUGAGAAGGUUCAUAUUUAUGUGAUCUCUAAAUUUAUUUGUUCGAAUGCAUAAAUAGUAUCUAGCUCAUUUGGAUGAAAAAAUCCAUGGAAAGGUGUAUUAUGGAAAAAGAUUGCGCUUGUAUCCCCUGCUGUCGCAGGUUAAGCCCAUUUGUGGUUGUAGACUAUACCGGCGAUGAUAUUGCAUACAACUCUCAUCAAGUUCACCAAAACCCCCGAGCGCAAAGGUUCUAUCAUCUGAGAGAGCACUGUAUAGCAAAUAACUUUCUCUUCGAAGACCCGCACUUUAAGGUGGAAGAUCAACCCUUAUUUAGUUACAGGCUCUCUACGAAAUCUAAACUAAAAUGGCUUCGACCUAAGGAGAUAGUCGAAGACCCGCAAUUUCUCGCUAACGAGCCCUCGGCAUUUGACGUCGAACCUGGCUACAUUCCCAGCGGAAGUCUGAGAGCUGCAAUGCUGAACCUUAUUACUAACCGUCGUACAUUUAGCCGAACUGUUCCGCCCGAUAACUCCUUCACCGAUGAACAAUACGCAGGGAUAUUCCACUUUCGCUUUUGGGAGCACGGCCGAUGGCUAGAUGUGGUUAUUGACGAUCGGCUUCCGACGCUAGAUGGGAGACUUUUGUGCACCCGAUCCAGUCGUGCCAACGAACUGUGGUGUUCGCUUCUGGAGAAGGCUUACGCGAAGUUUUUAGGGUCGUACAAUGCUCUGAAGGGAGUUACGAUUAGCGAAACCUUACAGGACUUCUCCGGUGGAGUAACGCAGUGCUAUUGGUUAAAGGAAUACAACCUGAAUCCGGAUUACUUUUUUGAACUGAUUGGAAGAGGGCUCAGUAAAGGAUCAAUGAUUGCUGGAAUUCGUCUGCGCAAACAAAGAACUUCAGCAGAUCGAUUAUGUUGUAUUCAUCCAAUAACUGAAACGAUGACUUCCGGCUCUAAACUAGUCUGCUUGAGUCAUUCAUGUGACCGAGACAUCCAUACGAGCCCAAGCGAAAAUCAGUCCCCAAGCGAGGAAUACGAACAUCCCAGGAAAUUUUGGUUAUGCAUCGAACAGUUUAUGGAGAAAUUCGACGGAGUAGAGGUUUGUAGCAUAACACCCGAUCCAUUGGGAGACCCCGAUAACGUUCAUCGUCAUUGGAACGUCUCGUCCUACGAAGGUAUGUGGGUUUCGGGCUUAACGGCCGGAGGCUCCCGCAACCAUAAGGAUUCUUACGGCAUGAAUCCUAGGAUCAAAAUGGAUCUGAUCGAGCCAGAUAGCGAAGCCGGUGGAAUGUGUUCUCUCGUAAUAUCUCUCAUGCAAAUGCACCGUACAGGCAUGAUUCUCUGCUUGGUGAUUGGAUUCGAAAUAGUGUCCCAGAAAAGCAAUAAAACAGUGGCACAGUCGAUCUACUCCAAUUCACGUGAAGUAAGUUGUCGACUACGUCUCCCGUCUGGUAGAUAUUUCAUUAUUCCAUCAACGAAACAACCGGAUGAAAACGGUGCUUUUCUUUUACGGAUAUUCACAAAACCCCGGAUCCACCAAGAGGACGAGACCGACUUUAACAUUAUUGAUCCUGUUCAAGUGAAGCUGAAAUCCGGCAACUGGGAGUCAAUGGUACGUAUGUUCUUCGAUCUGGCGAACAACAUCGGCCUGAUUGUGUACUCCGAUGCGGCUCUGAUUAUUAGCGCACACUUCUACGAUGCACAACCGAAGCGCAAGCGAAAAGGUUGGCCGUUCAUCUCGGUCACGGAAAGCAGGCCUGUGGAACUAUCAGCCAACAAAAAAUAUAUUCGAUCUACGUAUGGAGAUCGUGACAUACAGAGAUCUCUAACGGAACACAUUUACCAUGUGCGACCGGAAGGCGGUGGUAGACUGAACUUCGAACAAUUUUUGCAACUUCUCACUGAAUACUGCGACAUUUGGCAGCAGAUGUUCGGUCUAGAUGAUAAAGGAAAAAAAUAAGUAAAUAGAUUAACAUGCUUGAUGUUAUG